AUGAAUUCCAGAGCUUCAGCCACAGUCACCAGUUCUGGGCCAAAUUCAUGUGCUGAAGCAGUUCAGAUAAGCCUGAAUAGUGACUACGGUUAUGUUUCAGUCUUCGUCCAAACGUGGUCGCCAGCCUUACUUAGCACCGCAAGAAGCAAAAAGACGACGUUUGGAACGAUACCGUUUGCGGAGGAAGCAAAUGAUUAAUAUUGGCCUAGAGAUUGAUCGCUGGCAGCAGCUGAAAUCGGAAUUGGGUUUUGAGAAAGAUGCUUGUUUAGCUAAAUUCCUUUUGGAUUAUUACAGGGCCCAUCAUGUUUCUACAACAUUAUAUUUGGAUCCAAAAGGAAGGGGAGAGCUUGUUCACCACAGAAUGCAAGAUGAAAGCUGUAAUACAUCAUCAACAUCCUCCAGGGAAAAUCAAAGUGAACAACGUAUCCAAUCUUCACUGAUGAUUAAAUUUCCUCAGAGGACGCCUCCACAAUUGUCAGCUGAAGGUUUAUCCACUGCUGAUAGUGACACAGACACAGAGCAUGGUAAAGAUGAUAUGAAGUUUGUCGAAGAUUCUAUGGAUGUGACUGAAUAUCUCCUGCCAGAGAACUGCAUAAAUACUAAGCUGAUGGACUGCACAGUUGAAGAAGAAGUAUUAAAUAUCAUUAACAAUAAAAUAGUGCCUGGGGAAGAAGAAUCUGUCCAAGUUCCAGUGGCUUUGACACCCAACAAGAGUGUAUGUAGCAUGAGGACUGGUAUUGUCUACGAUGCAUGUCUUAUGUCCCUAGCUAAGAAAGCAUUUUCAAGGUGUGAGCAUCUCAAAUGCAAAGGUAAAAUAGAUUUGGAACUGCACAUUGUAGCAACAGCUAUGAAAGUUGUGAGCCAUUGCUGCCAUGGACACAAAUCUGUCUGGUGGUCACAACCAUUACUCGAAGGUGUCCCUGCUGGCAAUACUCUGCUGGUGUCAAGCAUAGUUUUAUCAGGAAAUAAUUAUCGGAAAAUUGCUCUGAUGUUCAAAUUCCUAAAUAUGCGUCUGGUUAGUUAUCAGUCAUUCCUCAAGACUCAAAAGUCGUAUGUUCAGCCAUCAGUGACAAAUUUCUGGAAGAAGAUGCAGGGAAAACAUUUUCUGGAGCUCACGCAUCCCCUUGUGGUAUUGGGGGAUCAAAGCAACAACGACUAUAUCUCUUCAGAGCGAUACCUCACUUAUACAAUGAUGGACAAUUGUACUCACAAGAUCCUUGACGUUCAAGUGAUCGAUGCCAGAGAAGGAGCCAGGAGACUGAGAAAUUUGGAAACCUCUGCGUUCCGACGUGCCUUCCAAUGGUUGGUGAAGAAUAAUCUCGAUGUUUCUGAGAUAGUUACAGAUGCAGAUCCUCAGCUUUUGUCAACGAUAAAGUCAGUAUAUCCAAACGUUCUUCACCAGUUAGAUCUCUGGCACGGAAUCAGAGCUGUCCAUGAGAGGAUAAGCAAGGUAGUGGCUUCCAUUGACAACACAGACCUACAGCCGUGGAUUAGUGACAUCAUAAAACACUUCAUAUACUGUUGCCAACAUAGUAAUGGUGAUGUAAACACCUUGAUGGCUCGGUGGCGCAGCAUCCUGCAUCACACAGUGAACGUACACGAGUGGCAGCUUGGUGAUGGCUCCACUACAGCAUCCUGUGAGCAUGGCCAUCUCACAGACAAGGAAAUCAAGGACAAGCAGUGGCUAACAGCAGGUUCACCUGCCCAUCACGCUCUUCGUGAAGUGGUCUACGAUAAAUGGCUCACCUCCCACCUCAACUAUUUUGUCCAAGCUAGGGUAACCAAUGAACUGGAGUCAUUUAACAAUUACAUACAAAUGUAUGCUGCACAAAACUUCACAUAUGACUAUGACGAUUACCAAGUGCGUACCUUGCUGGCAGCAAUUGAUUAUAAUGCGCAUGUUGAUCGUGAAUACCAACGUAAUGCUGAUGGUGAAAUUGUAUAUCACAGGAUGUACUCAAAACGGCGAAACCACUGGAGAGCUGUUCCCACAAAGGUCCAGAAACAUUACCAUCAUUUUGAGGAGCUGAGAGAGGACAUGGUGAAAGCAGUACUGUCGAAGGAUACUGUCCGACAACUGCCCAGGGGUUUCAGAACAAAACGCAGGAGGGUUCCAACCUAGCUAAACAAAUCAAUAUGGUUGAUAUUUUGAUUUUUGUACUAUUUAUAUGAAAAGUUUUAUUUAUUAUAGCAUUAAAUAUACACUCUGUCUUGCAAUACAGAACACCUGAACUGACUCGGUCCACCUGCAGUUUGUGAAUGCCUUCUUUUGAGUUUCUGGUUGCUACAGCAUACUGUUUUACCUUGUACAUAUCUCAAAAAUGAUGUGGAGGAGCCGGUAUUGGACAUGGGGUGGAUAAAGUUAAA